AUGGAGAAGUGCACAUAUGUUGACAGAAGGAUCAAAGAUGGUACCGGCAGUCUCGUCCAGGGACACGCGGUCGUCCGUGUUUGUAGCGAGAGUGACCGAAUUCUCACUUUAGGGAAAUGUCGGCGCAACCUUGUUGAUAAGAUCCUGGUCCUAGAAAAGCUAUCCGACGUGUGCAACCUUUCCGCUGAUGAUGGUAUCGUUGGGAAGGAAAAUCACGUUGAGGUGAAUGACGACGUGGUAAUGGGUGGUGGGAUUAGACUCGUGGUCCGGGAACAAACUGGAGAAUCGCACCACGCUUUCACCGUCAGGCCAAAAAAAUAG